UCGAGCUUGCGUGUUUUGCUGCAGACUGCAGAGUGCGAACUUCUGUGUGUCUGAUAUUUCACGUAUACAGUGUUUAGGUUUUGAAUAAAAAAAUGAAUAUUUGAAGAUAACAAUUUAAGUAAAACAAUUACCAUUUACAUACCCUAAACCUGUAAAGUAUGAUUUUUCUGCGCUCCACUUAAUUCUAACAAUGAUAAAAUUCUAUGCAAGUUCGCAAGUGGAAGAGAAAGUAUCUCACAAUAGUAAAUAACGGGUCGAUAUGAAUAUGUCUGUCAGCGAUUUAUCUGUAGGAUGUCGAUUUGCAGACUAUUUUGCCAUAUGUGGUUUAGAUUUUGAUUCAGGCUUAGAGACGGACAGACUUUCAGGUGAUAACUUACAUAUAUCUCCACUGGACCGUUCCUAUAAAGGAAAAGUACUUGCACAUUAUCCUGAUAAUCUCCAUAGCAAUGCAUUUGAUGAGCAUGCUGUAUGUAUGCUCUGCUUGCCAGCUGGACUCCAAUUUCGCACUCAGAAGCACUCACUAGAACCAAAGUUUCACAGUUUUGUAGUAACUCGAGAAAAUGCAUCAAGAUACUAUGGCUGUAGCCUCAUAUUUUAUGAAGAAGUUAGGAAUCGUAAUAUAUGUAGUGCCAUGCAUACAUUGCAGGCUAUGUACAUUACAGAGUUAUCAAGUGGUCAAACCCCACCAGGGCAUAGAAAGAACUCAGGCAAGGAAAGCUCAAGAUCACUGCCAAGAUCAUUUAAGCUAUCACCUCAUACAGGAUCUGCUUUAACAUACUAUGAUAUAACCAAAGACAAGCUUUAUGUAGCCAAAAGUAUAGCUCUCAUAUGCCAAUACCCGUUUAUUCGGGUAGCACAGUUAUUUUUAGAGAAUUUAUUUAGGUCAUUGCCUCGUCAGCCAGGACCAGGUCUAAGUCCUGAAUCAUAUGUAUAUAAUUUAUUAUAUGAAGUGCCAGUACCUUUGCCGGGACAAGCCUUAAGGCUUUAUGUCCCCCCGCCAGAGCCACAUCUGGAUCCUAUACCAGUUGUAAUAAGAAUGCCAAAUCCACCGGAAGAGCUACCGCUCCUAGAUUAUCCACUGCGUGUAAUGUUCAAUAUUCUGGGUGUUGAAUGUAUUGUGCAAUUGUUUACUUGUGUGUUAUUGGAGCAUCAAGUUUUACUUAGAUCUACUGAUUAUAACAAGCUUAUGCUAGUAGCCGAAUGCAUAGUGUCAUUGUUGUUGCCAUUUACGUGGGCUCACGUAUACGUACCAAUACUGCCAGCGCCACUUUACCAUUUCCUCGAUGCGCCGGUUCCAUUCGUUAUGGGACUACACUCUGAUGGUACAACCAUAGUAGGAUCAAAUGGUCUCAGGAACAUAGCUCUAAGCUCCGAAGCGGCCCUCUGUUUAGUCGAUAUCGAUAAACCAGAUAUUCAGUUACCCGAAGAACUACCAAUAUUUCCUCAUAGGACGCCUUUUAUUGAAGAACUCAAUCAUGUAUUGGAUAAACACCAGAUACAAAGACCAGAAACAGAGCCAACGAAGCUUGGAGUACCAUUGAAUGGGACAUCGUACAAGCAUACGAAUGACGGGAUGAGUAGCAGUUGUACUUUACCCUCAGGCGGUCUUCGUCGCAAACACUCAUUUCACGAUGUGUUAGAGUGGGAUGAAAGUAGACCGUUGAACGCGUCGCCGCCCGGUUCCCCUACGAGGCGACAUCCUAGGAGAUUAGACGCCCUGCAACGGAUCGUUGAUAUUGUUAAGCGGACUGGUGUCAAUAUAGACGAUGUAGAUUCAGAGACAGUGAUGCCAACGACUAAGAAAGUAAUACUCAACGACGAAGAUCAAUACAAUGAAGACAUUCGUUUUAAUAUAGCGAUACGAGAAACGUUUCUUAAUCGAUUCGUUCACAUGUUCCUAAUGUAUGAGAACUUCGUUAUUAUGCCAGAUCAGGAUCGGGAUUCUUGGCUGUCUUCCCGUGAGUCUAUGGUCAACUUUGAUAAGGCAUCAUUUCUGUCCGACCAACCACAGAGGCAUAGACCAUUCCUUUCACGAUUUUUGGAAACUCAGAUGUUUGCGACCUUAAUAGACAACAAAAUUAUGGCGAAUUGGGGCGAGUUUGAUGCGAAUCUCCAAGUAUUUGAGCACAGGAUUAAAAUUGUUAGACGUCGCCUGGGUGAUGGGGGACUAGCUACACGCGGUUACAGCGUGUGGGCUGGCGCUGCCUGCGCUAAUAAUGUGUGGAGCCCCGCUGAAUUGGAAGUUGGGGCCCCCGGGGAAAGGCUUCCGCAUCGAGCUGCGUACUAUCGAGCGUUUCCUGUCCGUUUAGACGCGAACGCACUCGCACCCCCGCCAACGUCCGACCGAAGAACAAAUAGUUUGAAGAGAAUCAAAAAUGCCAAAUGGCAGGUAAAAGAUUGCCCCCCAGAGUUGCUACUCGGUGAUAUUGGAAGGCGUCUGUCGACUGAUGUUACACCAGCGGCAAUUGCACAAAAUAAUAGGACUUUUGUUGAGAAACUUCUUAAGGAGUGCAAGAGCAAAACAAAGCGAAUGCUCCUAGAGAAGAUGGGUACAGAAGAGAGUGACUUAGGUUUAGGUUCAGAAGUCUCAAUUACAGGAAUAGAAGAAAGUACAAUGAUAGCGUCACUAUGUGAUUUACUGGAACGACUCUGGUCUCAUGGACUCCAGCAUAAGAUGGGGAAGUCAGCUCUGUGGAUGCAUUUAAUGAAUUAUCAAGAGCUGGAACAGUGUAGUAAUAAUUCAAAAGCAAUUGAUCCAAAUUAUUUGACGCCAGCUUUGGCUUGGUGUGUUUUACGAAAGCGAUUGGAUUACCUUUCAUCAGUGGGUGCUGAAGUGGAAGCCCAGCAAUGCACAAGCACAAAUCGAUCCAGGGACAGCUCUAGGGGUGGAUCCCGAGAUAGCUCUCGUGACAGAUUGAGUAACUCCAGCACAUUGGAACGGAGGUCUUCCCAGCCUCAUAAUCCUUUACGAGCGUUACCGGAAAAUCUCACUUUUGAUAUGAGAAACGUACAAGCCAUGACAGAUAUAAAAACCGAAAUAGGUUAUGCCCGUGCGUGGGUGAGACUGUCGCUAGAAAAGAAGUUAUUAUCAAAACAUUUACGAGAACUUCUCUCUGAUACAACUCUACUGAGGUCUCAGUACAAAAGGACUGCGUUCUUGCGAUGCGAAGAGGAGAGGGAACAAUUCCUAUAUCACUUGUUAACGUUGAAUGCGGUUGACUACCACUGUUUUACGAAUACAUAUCCUACGACAAAGUUACCAUAUAGAGUACUCAUAGUGCCUUCGCGCAAGGCGAGUCAGACGACUGCCAACUGCUGGCUGUCCAUAUCUGGCGCUAAUGGAGAAUCGACGCCAAAGAUACCGAUCCCACGAAACACCAAUGAAUUUGUUUUUCAUCAUAAGAAUCUCGGAGUCCUAUCCACAUUACGAAUUGGUCACGACAAUUCGGGUUUAUCGCCACGAUGGUUACUCGACCAUAUAUACGGGAGAAACGAAGUCACCGGUCAUACAUAUUUAUUCCCAUGCAAUAGAUGGCUAGGCACUGGCGUAGAUGACGGGUCUACUGAAAGGGUGCUUGUAGCAGCCAGAUCUCGGCAGCGUCAGUCUAGGCAAAGUGAACAUGCGCAGACGGCCCUUUCCCCUACUACAACGCAUUUAUCAACCUCUACUAUACAGCAUAUGAUUGGUGACUGCGUUAAUGCGAUAGUUAAAUGGCAUUAUCAAACGAAGCGGGAAAAAGACGCCAACUCGCUCAGCGUGUUAUUGUGUGGCGAGAAUGGCUUGGUCAAAUGUUUGGAGCAAGCCUUUCUGUGUGGCUUCAAAUCUGCAAGACUGUUUGGAAAGAAUCUCUUUAUCUGGGACUAUUUUAUGAGAGUGAAGGACGAAUUCAAGAUGAGCUUGUGUGAUGAGGGGAAUUUACAAGGGAACAAGAGUUGUGGCGUUGCGUACAAUUGCCGACAGGACCAGGAGCACAGAGCUAUAUGGAGGUGUUAUUGCCACUUAAUGGAUGAGAUCAAUUCCGUUGGAAGGACUUUGGGAAAGGAUGGAAAGUUCCAGCUAUUCGUUUGUCUCAGCUUGCGUGAACAUUGGCUUCAUCGAAUGCUUGUACCGAUGUCAAUGACCCGCGUGACCACAGAAAUGUAUGAAGAACAAAGCUUCCUUCGCAAGCGUGGUUUACUCACGUUUUUGAGGCAAAUACUUGAACCGCUUGAUGAAUUUGAUAUUGUUCUAGAAAACUCUUUAACUCAAGGUAUUUAAGUUUAAAGGUACCUAUCGUUUUCAGUGAAAUAUCACAUUUAGAAGAUUGCUUUAAUUGCAGAUGAACAAUUUCUUACGUUAUCUGAUAGCUCUUAGAUAAUGGUUGUCGCAGUGCGCUAACUCAAAAUCGCUGCGGUACUAGACUUGACAAAUGACAAACGGUAUUGACAGUUGACACUUGAUGUUCGUUCGCGGGUUAUCGUGAAUUGGUUUUCGUGGUCGGUAACAUACUAACAGUCUGUUUAGAAAUAGUUUGUGUUACAAUGUAUGUCAUUACAAAAUGAAUUGUCAAACUGAUAUGUCAUCUGUCAAGGAUUACGAGUUGAUACACCAGCGCAUUUAAGAUAAUGCAAUGGCGCAACACAUAACAUCCAUAUCCAAUUGCAAUAGCGAUUUCUUAUCAAAUUGUUUAAUACUUUUUCGUUCUGGAAUUUGUUAGUUUAGUCAUACAAUAAUUGUGAUACAUGAUUUCCACUCUGUGCAUUUUUUGCUUAUUAUUUCAAAGAUAUGAUUCAUUGAUUAAUUUUUUUAUAAUUUUUUUUGUUUUUUAUUUGUGAGAUUGAUAAAGACAAAGCAUUGAACUAUUUCAGGUGUAUAGCUUAGUUUUAGACAGAAAUUAUGAUAAUUAAAUUUUCUCGACGUUGUUUACCUCAAAUUAGAAAUUUUAAGAGAAAUAUGUCCGACUUUACAUAUUAUUUAUAUUUUCUUAUUUUAAUAGUAGAUUUAGUCUAAUCAAAUGUAAGGGCUGCUCAAAUUAGGGAGCGUUCUAGUUUUUGUUUUCCUCUUGAAAACAUUAUGAUCAUCCGUGUCAAAGAAAUUUAAGUAGCUGUUAUAUGUUCAAUUGCAUGAAAAGAAUCUUAAAUACUCUUAAGAAAACGAUAUUAUAUUCGAUACUCAUAAAAGAUUUUAGAUUUAUUAGGAUAAGAUCUUUAAACAUUGGUGUUUUAGUUUUUAUUUUUGUUAUUUGAAAAAAACCAAAGAUAUUUUAAGGAUUGAGAAUACAAAAGACGAAAGGAAAGUGUUUUGCCUGAAUGUGAUUGGUCAGUGACGUGUCUGUGACAUACGUCAUCUGUCAUGUUUGACAUAUCACAUAUCAAGCUAUUGUGUUAUUUCGUUUAAUCUGUUCAUUAAAGUAACGAACUUUAAUUACUGUUUGUUCGCUUAUUUUUAGUCUUCUAUUAAUUUUUCACACAAUACUGGUGAGGCGAGGCGAGCUAUAAAACAUAUCGUCCAUAUGUUAAAAUAAUUAAAGCAAUCAUAAAUAAAAGACUAGUCUCCAGUUGUAUGGGUGGUGUACUUAUAUAAACUAAUAAAUUACUAAGCCUUGUUUACAUUAACAUUUUUAGUUUCGUUUCUUUAAUGAACGUAAUAGCAUCUCAAUUUUUUAUAAGUGAUAUUUUAAUUGCUUGCCAGAGUAUGGGAACCAAGACUCAAAAUGAAUAUAUUUUUUAUAUAUAGAAUCAAUUUAUUUCGUUUUAAAUUGUUAAACAAAUCUCUCAUUAGUGUGGCUGAGGCACUUUUUGACAUUGAGUUGUCUUUGGUAUGGAAAUAUACGUCACACAGCACAGAUAAGAAACAAAGUGGAGUAAUGUAGUUUCGAGUUAUUACUUAUGUGUGUUUUGAAGUUUACACUAAACUUAAAGUUACGGAAAUGACAACGGGAUUUACUUUAUAUUUUUAUUAUUUCAGUAAUAAAGCUCUCUUAUGAUCGAUUUUAUAUAUUUAACCAACGACUGUUUUGUCUCUUAAUACAAUAGAGAACGCACAAUACAUUAUACAAUAUAAAGGGAGUGCACAAAAAUGACAAUGUAUACAAAAAAAUGCUGUUUAUGAAUUUAUUAAUUAUUGUUAUUUUUUUAGUUUUUUUUAAUCGUUUAAUAUUGAAUAAUGUAAUUUUAAGUGCCGUCCUGCACAAUAAUUGUAAACAAUUUGUGCUGUUUUCAUUAUAUCCGUCUAGUUACGUUUUCAUGUGCCAAAAUGAAAUACAAUUUCUAAUUCCACGAUUUUGUAGCUCAUAAUUAUUUAAUUAAAAUAAGGUUUAUUAAGUUCAUUAUCUGGACAUUGUAUUCAGCUAUUUCGUAUAGGUUUCAACAGAUGGCGCGGUUUUGAAGUGACUGACAAAAAGUAUGUGUAACAUUGCAGUGAAAGCCGUUUAAAUGAAUUGUAUGUACUUUAUUAUAUUACUGUCCACUAGAUGGCGCGGUUUAACAUUGAUCCGUGGGUUAAUAUUUGUUUCUUUUCUAUUGUUAAAAAUCCACCAUCUUGAAAUCCAAAAAAAUAUGUUAAGAGGAUGGGUCACUUGAACUGUCAUUCGUCAUUAAUUGUCGUCGUCACAAUUUUUGAGACAAACGUGAUUUUUUAUAACAUAUUUUAAAUAAACAGCCUGUAUAUAUAUGUAAUUCAAGCAUAAAUAUCUUAACAACGUUUCAUAUUCUGAUAAAUAGUUGUAAAAAAAAUCCUUAUGCUUACAUUUAAAAAUCCAUUUCAUUUUGUAUUCUUGACGGCACAGAUCUCAAGGAACUCGAUUAUAUUGUGUAAAAAUAAAAAAUAAUUGUUGUAUGUAGUUUAGGUUAAUUAACAGCCUAUAUUCGCGGUUAUCAGUUAUGAGAGAGACAAUGUAUUUUAUAUAAAGAGUGUACCAAUUCUUAAAAGGUCGGCAACGCACUCGCGAGCCCUCUGGCAUUGAGAGUGUCCACGGGCGGCGGUAUCACUUAACAUCAGGUGAGCCUCCUGCCUGUUUGCCCUUUGUUGUAUGAAAAAAAAAUAUACGAAAUAUUGUACAAUGACGUUGACAAAAAAUUACUGUAACAAUAUUGACUACAUUCUUUGGACGUGUCAUAGAUAACAUUUGACAGAUACUCUUUCUACUCGGCUUCUAGAGAAUGAUUUAUAGCAGACGAAGUAAGUUUGGUCGGCUUGGCUGGCAUAGUUAAUAGAAUACUCUGGAUCUAUUUUUCUUGAUUACUUGUGUGUUAUCGUAUAUUUAUAUAAAUCAUUUCAAAGGAAAAAAUAAUUCAUAAGAAAAUCUUAAAUAUUUUUGAAAUUUCCAUUAUUUUAUCUAAGUCUUCCUAAAAUCAUUUUAUGUAUCUUAUCGGAACCAAAGAGCAUACCUAGUGGCUAAAAAGAAUAGUUAGAAAGCAUUAUUUUGCUGUAACAUAAACUUAUAACCUGUAAUAAAUGUGUUAAUUAGGUA